CAAGUUUAACUGCCAAUAUGAGCAAAAAUGUAAAUAUAACCUCACUCAUACCACGUGGAAAAAGAUCAAACUAACGAAAGUACAAUUGCAACUCAAAAUAUGAAGAAGUGUUUUUUGUGUGGUAAAAAAGAUGUGCGGGAUUUUAAUGAGAAAAAAUUUAAAGAUUGUUAUAUUAAAAUUUUAUUUCGUAAAAAAAAAAAUUUCAAGUAUGGUAGUAUAGAGUUUAAUGCUGAGUUAGCCAAUGUGUUUGGUUAUCACUAUCAGUGUUUCAAUAAAGUAAUAGUUCUGAAAUCAAAGUACAAAGAUGAUUUUGAUGACUUUUUUAAAUCACAAGCAAUACCAAAAUUUUUAACAUCUCACGAUGAUCAUGAUCCACUUGCAAUUUCUAUAAAAAUUGAUGCUGAUGCAACAAACCAACAGCUCCCAGACGCUUCACAUUCUACUGCUGCAGAUAUAACUUUUACAGAGGCUCAACCUUGUACAGCGUCUCUAGAUUCAAAAAAUGAUACUCAGAGUUUAGCGUCUGUGACCAUUUCACCAAUCGCGAUUGAAGAGUUAAGAUCCUAUGAAAAUCAAAUAAAAAUUGAAGAAACGACUAAUGAAACAUUUGAGAAAACGCUUUCAUCUGUAUCAACUAAAAAUACAGCCUGUAUUUUUUGUGGACAAAAAACCAAACGAGUUGGCAAGAAAACAAUAAACGUGAAAUUUUCACAGGCUCAGUCAACUAUUGAUACCAUCUCCAGAGCAGCUAAAGCAUUCGAUGAUAUUCACUUGCUGUCAAAACUGGCUAACCAGAAGGCAGUACCUUAUCAUGGAACUUGUUUUUCUACUUAUUAUGUCCGAUUCAAGCGCCAGACAACGGACCGUGUUGAUGAUAGUUACUGGCAUAACAAUAGAGAUAUCCAUAAACGGGCAUUUAAUGCACUUGGGACCUUUAUUGAGAAAGAAGUGAUCGAAAAGAAGAAAAUAUUUUACUUGACACAAUUGUUGUCCCGGUACAAAGCUUUGCUAUUAGAGUUUGGAGGAGAGAAAGUAUGUCUAGCUGACUUUGAAGCCUAUAGAGCUGAAAACUUAGAAAGAAAAAUUUUAACAGUUUUUGGAGAUCGACUAAUUAUUGAAGCGUCUACUGGUCCCUUGCGAAAAAAAAUUGUAUAUGCAGACGAUAUCGAUGUUUCCAUGCUGGACAGUGAAACAGUAAUGUCAGAAAUUAAAAAUCAUAAAAAGUUUGAGGAUGUAGCUUAUGAUUUGCGAAAUUGUGUAAAAACACAUAAAAGGAGAAGGCUAUCGGAAAAUUUAAUCGUGAAUGGUGUUAUUAAAAGCGAAUUUGACAUUCCGAAAGAACUUUAUGAUUUUAUGAGUAAUUUAGUCGAAGGACCGGAUGUAAAUAGUAAAAAUCCUGAUGGAAAUUCAGAUAAAAUUGAAUCGUUGUGUAAUGACAUCAUUAAUGCUAUUACUUAAGAUAAAACGAAACCGUCAAAACAUCUAACUAAUGUAUUCGCUAUAAAACCUUAAACUAAUUCUCGUAACGUUCUUACCAUCUAAAACAGAUAUGGUCAUACAGUUAUUUAUAAUUUAGCCGAAAAAUUAGAAACCAAAAUGAUGUAUGCAUCAAUAUUAAUUUAGGAGCGUUUCAUAUACAAAUGACAUCUUUUAAAACUGUUGGAGAAUAUUUGAGUUCAAAGGGAUAGUUUACAUUCUAGUUCAGACCAAAAUGGUAGCUGUGGGUUAAAUGAAUAAUUUUUUAGAUAUUAAACAUUUCAAUCGCUGCAAACUUCUUCAUCCUCAUAGUCAGCCGCUUGCACAAUAAUAUUUAAAAAAAAUUAUAAAUUUUGAUUCGACACCAUAUUCCACCAUCUUGGAAGUCGUUAAAACAGAAGAUAUUGCGAACAAUCUUAAACAAAUGAAUAUGACAUUAAUAAAAAUAUUUUUGA